UAGCGAGUCUCUCCAGCUUGUAGGUGGCGGUAAUGCUCUAUUUUAGUUUGAUAUUCAACAUUAUGAGAAGAAGUCCAACCCAUCUUUUAUUUACUGCAAAUCUUGCGAUUGAAAUUAAUAAAAUUGAGACACAAUUAUGGUCAGUCUUUGCAUCAUCUAUCUGUUUAUACUGCUAAUAUGCAAAGCAUCUCUGCAGGUGACAGUUGUGGGUUUUACUGGAGACUCCAUUGUUCUGCCGUGUUCUUCCAGUAACAAUGACCUUAAAAGAGAAGAAAUAACAGUGUAUUGGAGACACAACAGCAGCAGAAAUGUGUAUAACAUAAUCAACGGCAAAGAUUCAAUAGAAGGCCAGAACACGGCCUACAAGAACAGAGUUGAAACUUUUCCUGAGGAAUAUGUGAAAGGAAACUUCUCCCUCAAACUCAACAAUCUUCAAUACACUGAUGGAGGAAAGUACAUCUGUUAUAUCACAAAGGCGCUGCAGAAUCCGACCGUAGAGCUUCUUAUUAAAGGUGUGCAAAAUAUGAUUAACAAGUUGUUCAUUUGGGGGAAAAUAUCAAUUCAGAAUCUGAAUGCAGUUAAUGAUUUAGCAAACUGUUUUCUGUAA